ACUGCUUUCAUCGCACUUCUGGACACUGGAACAGAGACAGACAUUUCAGACGAUGCACCACAAGAAGCAAUUGUAUCACUUCAGACCAGUCUUCAGAUGCAUUCAAAGCAGACUCCCUUUUGUGACAUCCGAAGACAAUCUCCGCGAGAAGUGUGGCCUCGUAUUCGCUGCGCUCGGGAGCGGCACUCAUCCCAGUGUUGACCACAUAUUAGACAUGAAACCGGUGUUCAGAGACAAACCAUACGCAAUGCAAUACUUAAAGUCCAAACAUUUGAGUUGUGUCGGAUGUACGGUUUGA